AGCCAUAUGAGGAACUGAAGCCGUAUGGUGUUGCAAUUAGUGCCUGCACUGACUUAUUUAGAAACACCAUAUUGUGGAUGACAGCAGACAAUAAUGACGGUGAUCCUGCAGUAUUUCUCAACCACUUCCUGGACACAGUGACUCGUAUUGGAGGUUGUCCACAGCGACUGCUGUUCAAACCAAGUAGAGAAAAUAAACACAUCAUAACAGCACAAACUUUCCUGCGUAGGAAUCAUACAGACUGUUAUGCUGGGGAGGACAGUGUGAUGGAGGAAUUCAGCUUGAGACGUCGCAGGUGGUUACACACAUGUACGCCAUGGAAGUCCUGUUUUGCAGAUCUCAGAGAAUUAGGACAUUUCACAGGAAAAGAUUCGGACAAGAAGCUCAUACAGUUCUGCUUCCUCCACAUCAUCCAGGAUCAGCUGAAGGAGUUUGUUGGAGAAUUCAAUAGGAACAUACUCACGUCACAACGUGAUGGACCAGCAGAGGACAAACUCCAAACUGUUCUCCCAGAGGAUAUUGAUGAGUGCAGGAGGUGGUGGUGUACCCCAAGAGGGUGGUACCCCUGUGAUGAAACACUCUUCAAGCGCUGGGAGCUCAUUAGGACUGAAAAUGGUUGGGAAGCUCCAGUGGACAGAUUAACAGCUCGAAAACUGUAUUUAGAUUUAAGAAAGGAGACUCGUGAAGAUGAUGAAGUUGUGAUGGAAACAUGUAGUGAUGAGGAAGAACAGGUGGCAGGUUUGUUAGAAUAA